AUGACUUUAGGAGGAGAUAUGUUCUAUUAUUUUGAUGGCCAAAUCUAAUAGAUGGAGUUUCAAUAUUGCCAUAACAGUGAUAUCGAAUAUUUUAUAAGUAUGGAAAUUUCAUGCAUUAUAGAAUGUCACUAUAGUUGCUUGAGUUGUUUUGGCCCUUCAGAAACUCAUUGCAUAACCUGUCCAGAUGAAGAAUCUACAAACCGAGUGUACAAUCCAGGUCAAAGUAGCUGUGGAUGUAGAGCCUCUUACUUAGAGAAUGAAAAUACUCAAUGUGUUAGUAAUGAAAUCAAUAUUACUUUUAGAAAGCCUAUAAUACUUUUAAGACAUUACUAUNUAUAUACUAGUAUAGAAGAACUUGGAUGUAGAAUAUAAAUAUUAGCCUUUGUUACCAAGAAUGUCUGAUCAUAGACCAUUAAAUAUUAAAAUUAAAAUUUAAUAAAAGAAUCUAUUUUAGAUACCAAUAAUCAAACCUGAAUAAAUACAUGUAUAUCUAAAUGAAAAAACUGUGAAUGAAAUCUACUAAUAUCUGGUAAUAUGUAAUAAACCUAAGGAAUUUGGAGUAACUUAUGUUAAAUAUGAUUAUGUUUAUAAUAGAACAUUCUCAGAAGAAAUUGAAAUUUAAAAACCUAAAUUGUUCUCAAAAAAUUCUAAAUAGUUUCACAAUUAAAGAAAGUAAAUGUAGAAAUAAAAAAUUAUUUUACACAAAUGAAGAAUGAAAAUGUAAAUUUAAAAAAAAAAUAUAUUCAAUAGAGCAGCAAGAGAGAAAUUGAUUGAAUAUAAUUAAACGAUCUUAAUAAACCAGAAAAUUAGUAUUAAAAAACUUAUUACUUAUCUUUAUUUUUUCUACAGAAUAGGAUUUUCGAAAUAUAGACAUUUAUAAACCCAUUCUAAGCCAUGCAGCUUGUAAUUUUUUCUUUAAUGAUUAGAUCUUAUCUUUAUGCAUCAUAUUGA